AUGAGGCGUGGACCAAGUCACUAUCUUGAGACAAAUUGUGCCGUCUACGGUAUAUCCGAUGCACUUGAUUCAUAUGUAAAACAUGUCACUGCUUCAACAAGUUUGCAGGAGCCUCUACUUCGGGUCCCCAUACUGGCCAGAUUAAGUACUACAGGGGUAUCUUUGCAAAAGGAAGAUUCAACUAGUGAUUUGAAAAAUAAUCAGGGGUUUAAGGGGCAUGAUAUGCUUGCACCUUUCACAGCUGGGUGGCAGUCUACGGAUUUGCAUCCUUUGGUUAUAGAAAGGUCCGAGGGUUGCUAUGUUUAUGACAUCAAUGGGAAAAAAUAUCUUGAUUCUCAUGCUGGUCUGUGGUGCACUACAUUAGGUAAACACAAUAUGUUUCCAGUCAUUGUUUCUCCCUCUUCCCCCAAUGGCAUCUGGUUUGGUAUUUAUAAUAACGCUCUUGGAAGACCAGCUAAAAAGAAAUUUAUUGCUCGAUCAAAAUCGUACCAUGGUUCAACUUUGAUAUCAGCUAGUCUUUCUGGCCUUCCAGCAUUGCAUCAAAAAUUUGAUCUGCCAGCUCCAUUUGUAUUGCAUACUGACUGCCCUCAUUACUGGCGCUUUCAUCUUCCAGGUGAAACGGAGGAAGAGUUCUCAACCAGAUUAGCCAUUAAUUUGGAGAAUCUUAUCCUCAAAGAAGGACCAGAGACGAUUGCUGCAUUCAUUGCUGAGCCUGUCAUGGGGGUAGGAGGUGUGAUACCUCCCCCUGCUACUUAUUUUGACAAGAUUCAAGCUGUUGUGAAGAAAUAUGACAUUCUUUUUAUAGCAGAUGAGGUAAUUUGUGCGUUUGGAAGGCUGGGCACAAUGUUUGGGUGUGACAAGUACAACAUAAAACCAGACCUUGUGUCUCUUGCAAAGGCCCUUUCUUCUGCUUAUUUGCCCAUUGGAGCUGUGCUUGUGAGCCCUGAGGUAUCAGAUGUCAUACAUUCUCAAAGCAGCAAACUUGGCAAUUUUUCUCAUGGAUUUACUUAUUCUGGACACCCCGUAUCUUGUGCAGUUGCAAUUGAAGCUCUUAAGAUCUACAAGGAAAGAAAUAUUGUUGAGCAAGUAAAGAGCAUUUCCCCUAAAUUUCAAGACGGAUUAAAACCAUUCUCAGACAGUCCCAUAAUUGGGGAGAUACGGGGAACUGGCUUAAUACUUGGUACAGAGUUUGUAGAUAACAAAUCACCUAAUGAUCCGUUCCCUCCUGAGUGGGGGAUAGGCGCUUAUUUUGGAGCGCAGUGUGAGAAGCAUGGAAUGUUAGUACGUGUGUCAGGAGACAAUAUUAUGAUGUCUCCUCCAUUUAUUAUUACCCCGAAAGAAAUUGACGAGUUAAUAAGCAUUUACGGGAAAGCAUUGAAGGCUACUGAAGAGAGGGUGAAGGAGCUCAAGUCUCGGCAGAAAUAGACUGUGGCUGCCUGACAAUGACGAAAAUCAUCUAGCUUCAUGUAAAACAGAAGAAUCUAUGUGCUAUUAUGGCUUGUAACUAAAUAAAGUAUCUGAUUUGUCAUGCCUUGUGGUAAUUUAUCUCAGAUUUUUCCACUUCAACUUUUUCUUCCCUAAAAUAGUGGUUUUCCAGAUUAAGGUAAUGGAUCAGAUGGCUGGGAAGAUAAUUUCUAUAGCAUAUGUAUGGUAAAGAUGGUAACCAUAACAUGGAGUGAGAGUUAUUUGUCGAAAACAAGAAGGUCCAUAGAGAAUAAAUUGAGUUUGCCGAAGAUUUU